CGCCACCGCCCCCACCCCACCCCGCCACCCACCACCACCCCCAGCCGCACCCUUCUUUCUCACUAUUAAUUCCAAAUUUUUAAUCGCCAACAUCUCUCUAAAACCCCUCUCUCUCUCUCCCCACCAUUUCUCUCUCUCUCUCUCUCUCCAAAAAUACAAUCAACAAAGACAGCGCACCGAGAUCAGCUCACCACCUCUCUCAGAUUAAGGUGCGUUUCAUCCAGUCAUGGCAGAGGAGGCGCUUACAAAUCAGGAGAUCCCAGCUGCAAAGUUGGCCGAGGAAGCCGAGAGCAACGGCGUCCCCACAAAGAUAAUUGAGGAGAACACAGAGUACAAAACAGAGGAAGGAAAGAAAGACGAAGAAACGGCCAUGGAAGGAGAGUUUGUCAAGGUGGAGAAAGAGUCGUUGGAUGUGAAGGAUCGCUCCCACUCUCUCGAGACAGAUUCUGUUGCAGAAGAAAAACCUGCUGUCGUUCAGCGCGCCGAUAGCAGCAACCAGGAAGCAACUCGGGAGUUGCUAGAAGCUCAAGAGAGAGUUAAAGAGCUUGAAGAUGAAGUGAAGAGAAUUUCUGAUGCGGUGAAAGAAGCUGGAGAUGAAAACACGGUCCUCAAAAACAAGCUCUUGCAGACAGAAGAAUUCCUUCAGGUAAGCAAGAAGAAUCACGACGAGCUUGAACUCGAAAACAAGAAACUGCUGGAGCAGAGCUCUGAAGCCGAGGACAGAUACAAGGAGCAGCUCAAAACACUGCAGGAGGGGUUACAAGCUCGCGAAGAAAAGCACAAGGAGCUCACCGGUGUAAAGGAAUCAUGUGAUCGUCUCAGCCUUGAGCUCGAGACCUCAAGCAAGAAGAUUGAGGAGCUUCAGGCACAGUUGCAGUUAUCAUCGGGCGAAGCUCAGAAAUUCGAGGAGUUGCACAAGGAAAGUGGUUUGCUCGCUGAGUCGGAGACGAAGAAGGCCUUGGAGCUGGAGAGGUUGCUUGAGGCGGCAAAAUCUAGUGCGAAAGAGACGGAAGAUCAGAUGGCUUCUCUGCAGGAUGAGCUGAAAAGCUUGUCUGCGAAGAUCGAUGAGAGCAAGAAAGUUGAAGAGGCUCUAAAGAGCGCGACAGCUGAGCUUGCGACUGUUCAGGGAGAAUUGGAGCUUUCAAAAUCACAGGUGCAAGAUGUGGAGCAGAGGCUAGCUUCAAAAGAAGCUCUUAUUAGCGAAAUGACACAAGAAUUGGAAGUUGCAAAGGCUGCUGAAUCCACAGCCAGACAACACGCUGCCUCGCUCGAGAGUUUGCAGACGGAGAGCACGGAGAACCUCCAACUGAAAGUAUCCCAGCUUGAGGCUUCACAAUCAGAACUGAAGGAGGCUGUUAAUGCCAAGAUCGAGGUCGAAGAGCUCCUGAAAAGCCAGGAAACAAAGACGAUAGCCUUGCAGGAAGAUCUAGAAAAGUUGAGCAAAGAAAAGCAAGCACUGGAAGAUACUAUCUCUGAUCUAACUAAUAAUUCUGUUCAGAUGAAGGAGCUAUGCAACGACCUCGAGGCCAAGUUGCAGCAGUCCGAUGAGAAUUUCUGCAAAGCAGAUUCCCUUCUGGCAGAAGCAGUGGCGAACAGCAAAGAACUCGAGCAGAAACUGAAAACCGUGGAAGAGCUUCACAACGAGUCCGGUCAUGCUGUCACAACGCUCGAGAGCACGCGGGAGGCCCUGAGGGCGGAAGCCGAGGAAGCAAGGUCGAAGCUCAGUGAAUCCGAAACCAGUCGCAUUGCUGCAGAACAGAGGACAGUUGAGCUAGAGCAGCUACUAAACUUGGAGGAGUUGAAAAGCCAUGACUAUCAAAGGGAGGUGAGAGAGUUAUCUGAGAAACUAUCUGAACUGGACUCUGAGUUGAAGAAGGAGGUGGGAGAGAAGCAACAACUAGACAUCCAGUUGCAAGAAUUUCAGGCCAAGAUAGCUCAAAUCGAGUCUGAUUUGAGCAAGUCCACAGCUCGUACAUCCGAGCUCGAGUUAGAAUUAAAGAGUGUCAAUGACAAAUGCGUUGAGCACGAGGAGCGAGCCAACACAAUUGAGCAGCGCCGCAUUGAGCUCGAGAGUUCAAUCCAGACAUCUGAUUCAAAAGCGCUGGAAGCUGGCAACAAGGUGAGUGAGUUCGAGCUACUUCUUGAAACAGAAAAAUAUAGGAUCAAGGAGCUCGAAGAGCAAAUAAGCUUGCUGGAGAAGAAAUGCGAGGAUGUAGAAGCUGAAUCCACGAAGGGCAGUCAGAAGGCGUCUGAACUCGAAGCCGAACUUGAGGCAGUCCAGUUGAAAGCAUCAAGCCUAGAGGCUGCGCUUCAAGCAUCCACAGAAAAAGAAAAGGAGUUGAAUGAUUCCUUUAACUUGACUACAGAAGAGAACAACAGCUUGAAAGAUUCUUCAAGAACCUUAAAUGAGAAGCUAUCCGAGGCUGACAAUCUACUUAGCAUGUUGAAGGAAGAGCUCAGUAUCUCACAGCAGAAGCUGGAAAGCAUAGAGAAUGAUCUGAAAGCAACUGAAUCGAGGGAAACUGAAGUUAUCGAGAAGCUCAAGCUGGCCGAGGAGCAGCUAGAGCAACAAAGCAAAGUGUUGGAGACGGUGACUGCAAGGAGUGCAGAACUUGAGACGUCGCAUGAAACUCUAUCAAGAGAUGCAGACCUCAAAAUGCAGGAGGCAAUUGCUAAUUUCUCCAACAGAGAUUCUGAGGCGAAAUCGUUGCAUGAAAAGGUGCAGGAUCUUGAAAAUCAAGUGAAAAGCUAUCAAGUGCAGCUUGCAGAAGCAACAGAGAAACAUGAAACUGCAAGUAAAGAGCUCGAUCAGAUUUUAUUGAAGCUUGCUUCUUCUGAAGACAUCAGUGAAGGCCUGAAAACGAAGAUCCUCGAGGUUGAAGGAAAAGCUGACUCUUACGUCUCAGAGAACGCGCUCUUAUCUGAAAAGAAUAUGCAACUCAGUGAGAAGGUUCAAGAUCUUGAAGAAAAGCUAAACGUUACAGUUUCUGAGAGGGAAAUCUCUUCACAGCAGCUCGCUUCUCACUUGAGCAGCAUCACGGAACUGACUGAGCAGCACUCUAGGGUCUCUGAACUUCAUUCUGCAGCUGAAGCUCGCAUUUCGCAAGCAGAAGCUCAGUUGGAAGAAGCCCUACAAAAGUGUGGUCUAAGAGAGUCGGAAGCAAAGGAUCUAUACGAGAAGCUUCAAGCUUACGAAGCACAGGUGAAAACCUAUGAAGCACAGGGUCAGGAAGCAUCUGCACUUGUGAAAAGCCGCGAACUAGAGCUGGAAACUAUCCUUUCAAAGUCUAAGGAUCUGGAUAGUGAACUGGAGAGAAGCUCUAGUCAGUUUAAGAAGGAGAUUGAUGAUUUACAUACAAAAUUAUCCGUUGUUUCAUCCGAGAAAGAUGAUGCAGCUAAAGAACUAGAAGCUGCCAGGAAAGAAAUCGAGGAGCUCACUCAACGACUCACUUCUGAAGGCCAAAAGCUGCAAUCCCAGAUAUCUUCUGUGAUGGAAGAGAACAAUUCGCUUAAUGAGAAAUUCCAGAGCUCCAAGAAAGAUCUUCAAGCAAUUAUAGUACAACUCGAAGAGCAACUGAAAGAUCAAAAAUCGAACGAGGAUGCCUUGAAAGAUGAGUUGCAGAAUCGUCUGAAGGAGAUUGAAGAACAAUUGGCAACUGCAGAAGCACGGUUAAAGGAAGAGAACAAGCUGAGUUCCCAAAACGACGUGGAACGAGAAGCUGCUUUGAAGAGUUCUUCAGAAGAACUCGAAGCCAAGAAAAAAGAAACACUACUCUUACAGAGCCAAGUGAAAGAUCUUGAGCAAAAGCUGCAGCUUGCUGAGGCUAAAUCUAAAGAAAAGGGUGCUGCUACCUCUGAACACAAGGAUGAAACCAUAAAAUCGCGGGAAAUUGAAUUUCCCACGUCCACUCCUUCGAAAAGAAAGAGCAAGAAGAAAUCCGAGGCGGCUUCGCCUGCAGCAUUGCCCUCAGAUGCACAGGUUCAAACUGCUGAGGCAUCUCCUGGCUUGAACUUGAAGUUCGUUUUAGGUGUGGCUCUUGUCUCAAUCAUCUUUGGCAUUAUUGUUGGCAAAAGGUAUUGAAAUGUGGCAAGUUUGAGUUUGGAUUUGUGGUUUUGCUAUAUUAAUUUUCAAUAUUUUUGGGGGGUUUCUUUUUUGAUUUCUCUAUUCAAUUUUACAUUUGAUUAGUUUGUUAUUUGUAGAAAGCAACUGGUAUUUAAUUUGCAUCUCUAGCUUGGGUUUUUCUUGAUCUUCAUAGUCAGGAUAUUGGUUUUCAUUUGAAUCCUGACUUGUAGUUUUGGCAAGGGAAAAAAAUGAACAAGAAAAUAUGUUGUUCUUGCUGUAAUCAACUUUGUUUAUUUACCUAUUUAUUUUCUUUUAGUUUACUUAUAAUUAUUA